AUGGACUACUCCCUGAUCAAAGGACUUGGCGCUGGUGUGAUUGGUCGUAAAGAGAAUAAUGAUUAAGGCUGCGUCACUUAAUCCAUCUUUUAGCUCAUCUGCAAGCCGUUUUCACGUGGAAAAGUGGACACAUCAGAUGACGCAAGAGACAGGGACCCCUCAAGCAUAUGCCUCCCAAUACAAGGGAGACGCUGACGCACAUUCUUGAGGGAUUUCCACAGGGAUGGACUGUAGCGAGUUCUAAAAUGAACAAAGUAGAGAAGACUCCUGCGAUUGGUACGAACGGAAUGCGCUGACGGAAGGCGAAGUUGAAGAAUUAGAAGAGCUCAUCCUUGACUCCUGUCGCCACUACCGUCGAGACUCAACAGGCACUAUCGUCCCAGAUUACGAAAGUGGAAGAUUUCUUAAGUUAAGGCUCCAUCUUAAUAAGUAGAAUAAGAAGCAUCUCUGACACUGACUCCUCUUCUAAGGGGGAAACGGGUCCAAGAUACAUCUCAAAAUGGGAGAUUCCCGGAAGGUCUAAGUAAGGCAACAGAGGGCGGAAUGCUGUCGCCUUAUGAUCUGGUGGAUACACCAGUGAGAACUGGAGUCCAGCCCGACGGCUACUUGUGGUGGCAGAUGUCCAGCGAAUCCCUUUUUGGAGAUGUCCAGAAAUCAACUAGUGCAGAAGCUUCUAUUUCUAGUAGUACAUCUUCAAAGAUAGACCAGAACAAGAUGACCUCCACAACAAGAGCAUCUACAGGUGGACCUAGUACAGGAGCUACUUCCAUCUCUGCUAGUACAACAAAUUCCUUAACAGCGUCUUCCUUCAAUACUGUAGCGAAUAACAAAAGUAGACCAGCUCCUGAUACAAGAACAAGCUCCUCUUUGCCUUCUCCUUCUCCUUGUACCGGUACUAUCGCAGUACGCUGUUUCUUUCUUGGCGGCAAUGACGCUGAUUAAGGCCGCUUCAUGAUCCAUCUGAAAUUUAAGACAACGAGCACCAGGGAGGAGUAGAACUGCUAACACAUACACUUGUAAAGAAUGGGCAAUCUACUACUUCUACUACAACUAAGCAGGCUGGUGCUCGCUCCUGGUGCUAAGGGCAGCACUAUGACUAUGUAUCCUCUGUAUAACUACAAUUUCGAUUGUUUUUGUUAGAAAGAUCGUUUCUUGAAUUCUAAGGCCUAUGAUAUUGUUGAUAAAUUCUUGUUCUAACUUGCUGGGGAAUUCUACGAAGGACGAGCUGAAAACUUUUUUCUGCCUAAGAAUGCGCAAGGACUGUGCCUUCUAGAGCUUUUCAGGGUUGCCUUUCGACGUCGUCUCCUGUACAAAUUGGGAAUUCGCGAAGCAACUAAACAGUAUGCCCCAUGCUUUCACAUACCACUGAAGACAAAGUUAAGGCUAGGUUAUUAAAGGUGUUCCUGUCAAUACCGUUUGUUUGUAGUUUUGCCUCUCCUAUUAAGGCAACCCUUACCGUUUGUAGUUUUGCCUCUCGUCCUAAGGCAAAAAGGGAGAAUGAAAGGCAGAACCAAUAACGGGAAACAGAAACGCCAAAAGUAUAUUACCGCUAACAAAGGCCAAGGGAGGAGGCAGAUUUGGGUGGCCAGAUAACCCUGCGCUUUACAACGACACAUCAAGCUAUUUCCUCACGGCCUUGAGGAAAUUAGAAGCAGAUGGAGUGAGUUGUCGGGAUCUUGACGCCUGGUCAGGGACUGAAGACCUGAGAUAUCGGUUGCAAAAAGAGACGGGAGGACCUGGACCAGGAGUAAUUCAACAACAACAACAACAACAACAGCAAGGGUUGAUGGCGAUGAAGGGCCAGCAACAGCUACAGCAGCAGGAUAUUU